UGUCCUCCAUCUCCACAUUCGCCUGGAAGAAUCUAGGCUAUGACCUCCACAUUCACUGCCUUGCUCUGCCUUGGGCUGUAUCUGAGCCAGACCAUCGGCGCCCAGACACAGAUUCUCUCAAAACCCAUCAUCUGGGCCAAGCCCAAUUUCAUGAUUCCAAAGGGAAGGCCAGCAAAGAUCUUAUGCCGGGGGUUUCCUGAGGCCACUGAGUACCAGCUGUAUUUCGAGGGACGCCUCUCUGCCCGGCAGAGCCCAAGACAGCCUGGAAUAAGGAACAUAGUCUCAUUCCCCAUCUCAGCCAUGACCCUGCUCACUGCAGGGCAAUACAGGUGCAUUUACCGAAGCGGGGAGCUCUGGUCAAAUCCUAGUGACCCUCUGGACCUGGUGGUAACAGAAAUGUAUGACACACCCACCCUCUCUGUUCAUCCCAGGCCUGAGGUGAGCUCAGGAGAUAAUGUGACCUUCUAUUGCCGUCUAGAGACUGCAACAAACAUGUUCUUUCUGCUCAAGGAGGGAAGAUCCAGCCGCCCACAGCCCAGAUACGGGAACACCCAGGUGGGGUUCCCCGUGGGCCCUGUGAGCACAGCCCACAGAGGGACAUACAGAUGCUUUGGCUCUUAUAACAACCACGCCUGGUCUUUCCCCAGUGAGCCUGUGAAGCUCCUGGUCACAGAAGAUGCUGGGGACACCAGCCUUGCACCCACAGAACACACCUCUUUUUCUGACUCUUGGGACCCCCACCUGCUAACCACGAACACAGCAGUCCAGCAAGACCCUGCCCUCUGGAAUCACACUGCCCAGAAUCUCCUUCGGAUGGGUCUGGCUUUCCUGGUCCUGGUGGUUAUUGGGUACCUCCUGACUGAAGGCUGGCUUUGCAGGAAGAGAAUACAACAGGAACUUCAAGGAACAGGGCUUCAAGUCAGGAACACAGGAGAAGGUUCAGAACACAGUGACUGCUGGGCAAAUGACCAAGGGAUGGGCUGGCCACAGGUAGAGCUGAAAGCUGACCUUGACCUUGGGCUGUGUGAGCUCUGUGUUGUGCCCGGGGAGGGGGGUUCACCGCAAGACAGCUGUGUUGGGUUCGGAGAAACUUCCUGGGAGAGGCGGGAGGCAGAUGUCAAAUUUCUCCCGCAGACAGAUUGCACUGUCUCUUCUGGGCUCUAAGCAUUUUUGUGCCUGCCUAAUGCAAAGCAAAGUUUUAACCUCGCUGGCCUUCCCCAAAAAUAUCUCCUUCAUUAA